CGCAAAAUAAAUAAAUUAAAAAACUCAAAGUUUAUUUACGCCUAGCGCGCCGGGCAGGCGGCAGCAGAAUUCGCCACACAACAAAAUUCGUUAGACACUUUAGUUACGUUUCAUUCUACAUGGUUGUUUUUGAGUUCAAUUGAGUUUAAUUAGAAAAGAUUUUGAGUUCAUAAUGAAGUUCACAAAGCAACAAGCAAGUAUAACAAAUAUAAAACAACUACAACAACAAAGAAGCAUUACAACGCACAAAACGAAGUUCAAUAAAUAACGAAAGCGAAAAAUCAUAAAAAAUAUAAAACAAAAUACGCAAGAAUAUUAACAAAAACAACACGACGAGUAACGAAUAUUACAAAUUGGCGAAAAAAAUUGCGAACUAAUAUUUACAAAAAUAACAAAAGAAAAUAUGAACAAAUAAGAGAUUCACAAAUAACACUCGGUAGCAGCCGGCGAGUGAGACGAGCAGGCCCAGCAAUUAAACAGCAAGUGGUACGAGUGUGUGCGAGCGAGUGAUGUGCGCGGAGAGUAGAAACUUUUCUUGUGCAAAAAUUUAAAAACAAAAAUAUUUCAGUGAUUUAUGGAAAAGAUCACACAAAAUUAAUUAUUUCAACAAAAUUGCCACGGAGUUUCUGAAAAAUUUGGAAAAGGAGAAUAAAGCAGCCAGCAGCAUACGCGGCUGCAAGCAUUGCCGCCGAGUAGCGCGCAUUUGCGAAACAACCGCAACAGCAGCACAGUUUCUUCGAAAAUCAGCAACGAGCUCCGAAUGCGCAGCGAGUCAGCAACACGCGACGAACGAUUGUAAAAAUCGAAAUAAAAAACACACACGCAUACAGACAGUGUCAAACGCAGCGACGCAGCACAGGCAUUAAUACACAGUUUGUUGCAGACACGCAAUGUGCUAGAGUGCUAGCCAGCUAAGCGCUAAGAGACAGUUGCGAUUUUACGCAAAUCAAGCAACGCGCCACACAUUUCGCAGCCAACAAGUAAAGUUAUACUUUAUAGCACCUUUCAAGCGAACAGUAAUCUUAACAACAACACGCACAACAUAUGUAGUUGAUGGCCUCAAUUGAAACAGAGAUGCCGCCGAUGCAUGCGGCUGAGACCGGUGGCGUGGCCGGUGGCGGUGUAGCCGACAAUGGCAGCAAUAACAGCAACGGCAACGCUAAUGGCGGCAACAAUGCCGCAGCAGUCGUCUCUAGCGGACCACAUUCGAACGGUAGCGGUGUCGGCGAUGCCGGACAACCGGGCACGAAUAGCAAUAAUAAUACGAUCAGCGCGGCUGCAGACUCCAGCGAUAACCAGCCGGGCACACCGCAGCCACCCACUAAUGGCCAAUUAAUUGCCAACAACGAACAGCAACAACAACAGUUGGGUCACAAUCCCUACGCCAUGUACAGUUCGGUGGCGACCACAACGAAUGGCAACGUCGGCUUGCCACAUAUGUACGGUAGCAGCAUUUACGCUACAGCUGGCAGCCAACCAGAUAUGCAGCAGCAGCAGCAACAGCAACCACCAUAUCCCAGCUAUCUGAACUCAUUCGAGCAGUUCUACCAACAGCAGCAGCAGCAGCAACAACAACAGCAACAUCAAGCGGGGGCUGCCAUGGAUUAUGGACUGAUGUAUGGCGCUGGUGGCAACAGCAAUGGCAGCAGCGACUACAAGUCCAACCAGUCGGCAGUUAGCAAUGUGCGCUAUCACCCCUACCUCAACAACCCGACUUCAUGCAGCACCGGUGACGGCAACAAUCGCAACGGCACGCCGGAAAAUAAUACUAACGGCGGCACGUUACCGCUGCCACAAAGCAGCACCGCCGUGUCGACCACCACCAAUUCGCUGAGCCCACGCUUAGUCAGCUCCAGCAGUCCAACAUCGACUUCGACACACAUGCAGUUAAGCGGUAGCUCUACAACCGGUUCGCCGGGCGGCAACUGCAAACUACAAUGCAAGAAAUGUGGACUCAUGUGCGCCAGCGACAAUGAGCUGCAAGAGCAUAUUACCAAUGUGCAUGGCGCCUCGCCAUAUGGCAGCAGCGGCUACUCCAGCUCGCCGUACAUAAAGGAGGAACUCUCUUCGGGCUCGCAACAGCAGUCCACAGCCACACAGGGCGGCAAUCCGGGUGAGCUACUAGAUUUGGAUUCACAAAAGAUGGUUUAUCCGCCCGCACCGGGCAGCAUACAAUCACUGCUACAUCAUCCACACCAAAUGCAUGAGCCAGCAGGUGGCAGCGAUCCACUGCACUCCAUGCACAGCAUGCAACAACGCGCUCUACCCGGUUGGGAGCAACCACAGCCGCCAAAUAAUGGCAUGCAGGAGGGUAUGCCAGCCUACAUGCAGCAACAGUCCACACAACCGCAGCCAGGCCAACAGCAGACUGACUUGAGCGGCAAGCCACCGCAUGCGAAUCAAUCGCCGUAUUACUCGCCCAAACAGUCGCCUUAUCAUGUGCCAGGCAGCAUGCCGAACGGCGCAACUGGCAUGUCUAUAAAACAAGAAUAUGGCUUGAUCAAAACUGAGUACCCCGACUCACAGAAUUAUGUGGAUAAGUCUUUCGAUCCCACUGUAACCGCUGAUAUAUGUCAACAACCCCCGCCCUCCGUACAACAACAGCAAAUGAUGCCGGUUUCCUCAAGCCCAGCUGAGUUUCCUACGACCACAACUGGGCCACAGGAUCCGCAACAGCAGUAUCGUGGCUUUGAGCCACCCUCUUCGUCAUCCGUUAAUCCAGUCAGUUUGCCUACUAAGGCCGCCACUUGGAAGUCGAAUGAGGCACGUCGGCCGAAGACAUACAACUGUACCGCUUGCAACAAGUGGUUCACUAGCUCGGGACACCUGAAGCGUCAUUACAAUACCACCUUGCACAAGAACGCAGUCAAGUCUAGCGGUCAGCCAGAUCCAGCAACGCUGCCAAUAUCUGCGCACCAUCAUCCGACACGUGAUCCAACCACAACAACUAAGUCACACAGCCGGCGUAAUAACGCUAGUGCCGCUGCAGCAGCAGCAGCUGCCGCCGCCGCCGCCGCACAACAACAGCAACCACCAGCACCGGUGCAGCCACCCGAACCGCCUAGAAAUUCGCCGGACUUUGCACAGGGUGCGGGUAUGGGCAUGUCGCAGUACUCCGCUUCACCAUCGCCGACACAACAAAUGCAGAUGAACGGUGUACCGUAUGGCGCCAACCCAGGCGGCUAUCAGCCACAACAACAGCAAUCGCAAUACUUAAAUCAAGUGCAGUCAUCGACGAAUAGUCAUUCGCCCAGCCAUAUAAAUGUGCCGGGUAUCUCGCCAAACAACUCACAAACCGUCUUGAACGGUCACCCAAACGGGUUAGCAGGUCCCUCCGCCCCAGUAACACCACAACCAAUGCCGUCCUCCCACACGAGGGGCCUGCUGAACAAAACAACAACCACUACCACAAAGAGCGAACCCUUGGAGGACAACUACCCGCACAACAGCAACAGCAACAACAGCACAAUGCACAUUCGCUCGCCACAGCAGGAAACGGAAUCGGACACGGAUCCGGAGUUGGACAACACGCUGUCGUCGGAGGAGCGGGAUCGCUCCCAAAUGGACAUGGAAAUGCUGCAGCAGCAGCAACAGCUACAACUGGAAGAGGAGGCAGCAGCAACAGCAGCAGUGGCAGCGGAACAGGCACAGGAGGCCGAGGUACAGUUACAACGCCACCGUCAGGCACAGGCGGAUCUGGAGCAGGGGGAGGAAUUGCAGGUUUUCCACCAUCAGCUGUUGGAGGAAUUGGAGGGGCCGCAACGGCAUUAUCACAACACAACGCCCACGCUCAAUCCGGCGUCGGAGCACAGCAUGCGACCGCUAUCGCCCCUUAUUACCUCCCACCAGCACUACCACCAGGAGCAGCUGCAGCGUCCGCCGGGAAUGGUGGACAACAUUUUCUCUCCCAUGCAGCCGCCAGCGGCAGUCACUAUGCCAGCCAAUAUAAUGGAUCCCCAAUACAACAUCCUACCUUUGGGUAUCAACACGCCGCCGCUGCUCAGCAGCAGUAUGCAGCUGCUGCCGCCGCAGCAGCCCAUCACCAGCACCAGCACAGCUACUAUGGUCAAUAUGGGCAGCAUCCAUAUGCUGCACAGCCGCCACCACACCCAGCAAGCGGAGCCGGAACAGCCGGAGCGGCUGGUGUUACCAUCCAUGCGCAGUAUGCUGCUCAACAAUACCAGCAUACAGUCGCCGGUGGACCACAUCAAUUCCAUCACGCCGCAGCUGCUGCCGCCCAUCACCACCACCACACAGCAGCUGCUGCCGCCGCUGCAGCAGCAGCCGCAGCUGCACACCACCAACACCAUUCCAUCAUUCCAGCAGCUGCAGCAGGAGUCGGAGCUGGCGCCGCUGGAGCCCACAAUGACUUAUCACACUACUAUUGGUAAUGAGACGGCAAUGUCUAGCGAAGAUGGAGAAGUGAUUACCAUUAACAGCAGUAAUAGCAGUAACGAAAGUAACGACUACAUACACUUGUCCACAAUGGAUCCGUACAACGGAAUGCAACCACAGCAGAUGAUCACCGCUGACGGGCAAUUACUACAGUUUAUGCCCUCUUCACUCAUGGGUCAGCCGUUCUUUGCAUUGCCUCCGCAUACCACUUUACGUGAGUCAUAUCCACGUUCACCGCAAGAGGGCGACUUGCCGCCGGCUCAUACGAUUUUAGGCAAUGGUGUGAACAUGCAAGAGCACCUGUACCUACAAGAGCCAUCGCAGACAAUGGACAGCGGUGCAGUUGCACCGUAUUCACCAAAAACUGAACUGGCCAGCCCGGACACGACCAGUAAAAGCGAUAUUAAUACAACCGUUACAAACCAAAAUGAUGAAAGCGACAGCUCUACCGCUGGCAACAAUACCAAUAUAAUCGACACAACCACCGAGAACACCACCGCGAACGGCCGAAAAAACGCCACCAAAAAAGUUGCGAAACCACGUAGACCAACUAAGCGUCAAAGCGCAUCAAAACGGAAGAUUUCGCCCUCCCAAUGCACCACUACGCCCCGCUCCAUCACGUUACCGAAUGGUCGUGUCAAAUGUCUGGAAUGCGAUAAGGAGUUCUCCAAAAACUGUUACCUCACUCAACACAACAAGAGCUUCCACUCCGUUAUUAUCGCUCGGGGCUACUAACGACAGCAAUAUUAAAGGAAACCCCAUAUAAAGCGAAAAUGGCGAGGAAAAAAUGCUGUGCUAUACGUAAGACAUCCGUAACGAGAAACAUUUAUGAAGAAACAAGAAAAAUAUAUGAUGAAAUUGACAUAAAAGUAAUCAAGAAAGAAGCUUUUAGAGAAGUUAAUGAAACUCUGAAGAAAAUGAUUGAGAAUGUUAAACAAACACUAUUUGCUUCAAAUAAAAGUCUUAUAAGACUCUUAUACAUAAAAAUACUCGUAUACAGAACUCUUCUACGAACUAAAAACAUAUGUGUGUGUUGUAAUGAAGACAAAUGCUUAAAGAUAGGUGUAAAAGACAGAACAGAACGAUUAACUAAACUCUUAUACGAUACUUUUUUGAUAUUGUGUUUGAUAAAUAUUAUUUUGGAAGUUUCUUAAGAGCUCUAUCGAAUAAUUUUUCAGACCAAAACGCAAUUCUUAUAAGAGCAGUCGAAGUAAAUAGCAUACAUCCCAUUCUUAUAUGACUCUUAUACAAUAAAAUUACAUUAUAAAACUUGUAUACAAACCAUAUCGACAAAAAGAAAAACUGUAAUAAACAUUGUAUAAAAUUUUACAAAACUGCUUAAAGCUAUUGCACGAUCCUGCUGAAUCUCUUAUACGCUUCCGAAACAAUCUUAUACUUGUUGAAUAUACACCAUACAUCUUUUAGAAAAUGUAUAUCGAGGAAACUAUGCCAAUAAUUGCAAUGAAAAGUGUAAAAGCUUUGUCAAACUCUUAUACGAACUUCAUAAAUCUCUUAUAUGGCUCUCAGUAAAGCCUUUUACGUUAUAACGAUAUACAAAUCGACUUCAAAAUCAACCUUAUAAAACUCAUUUAUGGGUACCGACCAAUAUAUAGACGAAAACUAUAAGAUUUAUAACACGAGGACGUUAUAAAACUACGAAAGAAAAAAGAAACGAAGUAUAGAAUGGAUGAACGAAGUAUAGAAUGGACGAACGAAGUACUCUUAUAUGACAUUUACGAUUUCCUACGAGUAACGAAGUUGAUUUUGCAGUAAAUGUUCGAAAGAAAAAAGAAACGAAGAAUAGCAUGGACGAACGAACUGCUCUUAUACGACAUUUACGAUCUUAUACGAAUAACGAAGUUGAUUUGGAUGUAAAUGUCCAUGAAACACGUUUGAAAAAGUUCUUAAACGAUGAAGAGUUGCUUUCUAAACUCCUAUAUUACAACUCUUAUACGACUCUGGAAUUUACUGAAGCGUGAUUUCGGAGAAAACAGAAAAUAAUUCACCGACGCAUAGUAUUUAGUAAAAAUUAAGAAAAUCACAACUUGGCAGGGAUACACCAUAUCUGGCAUAACAAUAAACAGGUAAAUAAAAAAUAUCGAUAUUACAAAAAUUACAAUAUUUCAUAACAUUAAGGAAAAAAAUAGUAAAAUUAAGCAAAAAAACUUACAAAUUGAAGCUAAGCAGUUUUAUUGAAAAAAAAUAUUAAAUUUAGUGUGUUAAGCAGCACUGUACGAAAACUAUUUCAAUGUACUGUAAACGUAAAUAAAUGUAAUUUUUCGGCAAGUUUAAGCAAAAUUUUAAAGAAUUAUCAUAAGUUAAGAACGAAGUGAAAGUAAAGCAGCGACAUAUGGCGAAGAAAAAGAAAAUGCAAGAAAUAUGUUUAAAAACUGAAAAUUUGAAAAAGUAAGUUAGCAAAAUACAAGUAGCAACCACUUUUUGUUUAAAGUUGUUAAAAAAAUUAAAAAUAAUAAAAAUUAAAAUUUUGUUUGCAAAUUGUAUGUGAAAAAUUAUUGUUUAAAAAAACGAUGCAAUAAUAAUUGGCAAAUAUCAACACUUAUGCAUAUCAGUGGAAAAUACAAUAAAGAAAAAAUAUUUUGGAAGAAAUGUGGAAGAAUGUUUUUUGCGCUACUUUAGCUUAAAAUAAUAAAAAAAUAUUUAUGUAUUUUAGAUUUUUGUUAUUAUUUUUUAU